UUUUAAAUCUUAACUCAGCUAUCCUGUCAGUGCCUUUGGACUGGACACUGUGUGGGUCAGAGAGCUGGAGCACCCUGAGCACAAUGGAGAGAUCAGCAAGCAGACAGAGCAGGAAAAAAGUUGUAGCAGUGGUGGGAGGUGGUUUGGUUGGGGCACUGAAUGCCUGCUUCUUUGCAAAACGAGGCUUUGAUGUGGAACUCUUUGAAAGUCGGGAAGAUAUCCGACGUGCUAAGAUUGUGAAGGGGAGAAGCAUCAACCUGGCCUUGUCUCAUCGAGGCCGGCAAGCACUGAAACAUGUUGGACUGGAGGAGAAGAUUGUUGCCCAAGGAAUCCCGAUGCAUGCAAGAAUGAUUCAUUCGCUGGAUGGGAAACAGUCCCCAAUCCCUUAUGGCAGGAAAGGCCAGUACAUCCUGUCGGUAGACCGAGCCAAUUUGAACAAAGAGCUGCUAACAGCGGCAGAGACAUAUCCAAACACAAAGAUGAACUUCGACCACAAACUGCAGGACUGGAAUGCUGAAACGGGUCUGAUGACCUUUGUCAGGUUGGACGGGUCCAAGGAGCAGGUCAAGGCAGACUUGAUUGUGGGGUGUGAUGGGGCUUUCUCUGCCGUCCGCAAGCAGUUCCUUCGACGUAGCCGCUUUGACUAUAGCCAGACCUACAUCCCUCAUGGCUACAUGGAGCUCACUAUGCCACCCAUUAAUGGAGAGUUUGCUAUGAAGCCUAAUUAUCUACACAUCUGGCCACGAAACACAUUUAUGAUGAUCGCCCUGCCCAACUUGGACAAGACAUUCACCUGUACCCUUUUCAUGCCCUUUGAAGAUUUUGAGAAGAUCACCACAGGAGAUGAAGUCAUCGAGUUUUUCCAGAAAUACUUCCCUGACACCAUACCACUAAUAGGAGCGGAUACUCUCCAGAGAGAUUAUUUCCGAUUGCCUGCGCAGGCCAUGGUGUCUGUCAAAUGCAACCCAUAUCACAUUGGUGACACGUGCGUCCUUAUGGGCGAUGCAGCCCAUGCAGUAGUGCCUUUCUAUGGACAAGGAAUGAAUGCUGGCUUUGAGGACUGCAUUGUCUUUGACGAAAUAAUGGAUCAAUUCAAUGAGGAUUUCAGAGCUGUUCUGCCUGAGUAUACCAGAGUUCGGGUUCCGGACGACCACGCAAUUGCUGACCUGGCCAUGUACAACUACAUCGAAAUGCGAGCACACGUCAACUCCAAAUGGUUCAUUUUCAGAAAAUAUGUUGACAACAUCCUCCACUUCUUCAUGCCAAAGACAAUAAUUCCACUUUACACAAUGGUCACUUUCACUAGGACCAGAUACCACGAAGCAGUCAAGCGGUGGCACUGGCAAAACAAAGUGAUAAACCGUGGCCUGCUGCUCAGUGCUGUGGGGGCUGUUCUUGGUGGUUCCUACCUGCUCAUUAAAAAUCCUCCAGACAUCAACAAGCUCAUCGUCUCUGCUGAGAAAAUGUGGGACAGGCUUGUGGCUCUCAGGACGCUCUGAGCACAGGCAUCGUCGCUGAUCUCACAGACAGCUAUAACUCCAGUAAUGGCAAAUUACUCCAAUGAUGGCCGCCCUCACUUCAAGGACUGACAGUGAUUGAUCAGAAUGACUUACACCAUUUCAUUAGUGUUAUACUGAUAAUGAUCAGCAGUGAUGAGCAGAACACUGGGGUUUUAAUUAUGAAGCAAGUUUUAAUUCGAGAACACAGCCUCAGUAUUAGGUGUGUGUAGAAGUUUUUACUGUUUUUACACAAGAAUGAUGUCAGCUUUUUUUCUUUGUCUCCACUGGGCCCAGUGACAUUUACUUCAUGCAACAUCUGGGAUUUGUUUUUGUUUUUAAAGGUGCAUUAAAUCAUCUGAGUUAUUUUACCUGAUGUUUUUGCAAUGUUCCACUUAUACAUACAUUACUGUGCAAAUAUAUUGAGCCAACCCUUAUUUCUUUAUAUAGGUGCAGGGAAACAGGUGCAGUGAUUUAUUGAAAUAUGCUAAAACAUAAAUGCAAAUAUAGAGGACAAAAUUGUGUACAAUUCUAAUGAGCUCUUCUUUGGAUGUUUUAUUCUGUGGUCUGUCAAGAUCGUGUCACACUGCUUCAAGAAAGGUGAAAGUUCAAAUUUGGGUCCAGCUCUUAUAUAUUUGACAUAACUUAGUCUUUUCUCCACAUUUCCCUUAAGAGUCCCUUCUUGACAGCCAGCCAUCCACUGAGACCAUUUCUGAUAAUAUUUCUGACCAUUUCUGAUAAUGACUGGUGAUCAACUGAAGGGCUUGAUGGAUCAGGUUCUAUGUGAGAAGUUUGCUGGAAUUUCUUUUCCUAUUUCUUAAGGAUAUGACUAUCAAACACUGUUCACCUGCAGUAUAGGUUUA